AUUGGAUAGAUACCACUUUCUUGGUCGUCCAUUCUUUUCUAUCUUACUUCCUCUGCCUCACACAACUCACUCUCCCAUGGCUUCUUUGGCUCCCUCUGCUUCUCUCAUCUCCUCAAAUCCUAACAUUCUCUUCUCUCCCAAAUUCCCUUCUUCUUCCUUUUCUUCUCUCUCCUUCCCCUAUUCUUCCAAUUCCCUUUUCAAACCUUUACGCACUUCUCUCAAUCCUUCAUCUCCCGCUCUCAAAACCUUCGUUGCCAGAGCUUCGAGUGAACUUCCAUUGGUUGGGAACGUAGCACCCGACUUUGAAGCAGAGGCUGUUUUUGAUCAGGAGUUUAUCAAGGUCAAACUAUCUGAAUAUAUUGGGAAAAAAUAUGUUAUCCUAUUUUUCUACCCAUUGGAUUUCACAUUCGUUUGUCCUACAGAAAUCACUGCCUUCAGUGAUCGGCAUGCAGAGUUUGAGGAAAUAAAUACAGAGAUUUUGGGUGUUUCAGUUGACAGUGUGGUGAGUUUUGUUGUUGUUAUCAUUGUAUUUUCACACCUUGCAUGGGUUCAAACUGAUAGAAAGUCGGGUGGUCUUGGCGACUUGAAUUAUCCUUUGAUUUCUGAUAUCACCAAAUCCAUCUCGAAAUCUUUUGGUGUUCUCAUUCCCGAUCAGGGGAUUGCAUUGAGAGGAUUGUUCAUUAUUGACAAGGAAGGGGUUAUUCAGCAUUCUACCAUUAACAACCUGGCCAUCGGUAGAAGUGUUGAUGAGACAAAGAGAACUCUCCAGGCCUUGCAGUAUGUGCAGGAGAACCCAGAUGAAGUUUGCCCAGCUGGGUGGAAGCCUGGUGAGAAGUCCAUGAAACCAGACCCUAAACUUAGCAAAGAGUACUUCUCUGCUAUUUAGGGUGGAUGAAUUUAUAUGAAGACUUGUAACGCCAACAAAAAUAUCAUAAACUACGGAUCUUGAUAACACUUACCUGUUGUUGGUUUUUGGUUAUAAAUAUACCAGUAUUCAUAUCGA